AUGCAAAAUGUCAUCGAUGCGCAAAGAGACGGCGUUUGGGCCACUCAAGAGAAGAACACACGCCUCUUCACCGAUGCUUUCCAUACUUGUCGCUCCGUUGUCCUGCUCUUCAGUGUCAACAAGAGCAUGGCUUUCCAAGGCGUUGCUGUCAUGACAAGCCCACCCUCACCAACAGUGCCCCAGCCACUCUUCUGCNAAAAGCUUAAGUGGCCCUGUUCACCACCCUUCCGCAUACGCUGGCUCUGCACGACGUCUGUGCACUUCAAGUUCGUGGGUCACCUCAGAAACACAUUGAAUCCUGGCGAAGAUGGCCAGCCGCAUGCUGUUCUUGUAGGCAAAGACGGACAGGAGGUCAACACGUCGACCGGACAAGGUGUAGUGGAGAUUCUGAGCCAGAGUGAUAUAGGAGCCAAGGGAGAGGAUGACAGACCUUGA